GGUUUUUUCACCCCGCCACGGCCGACAUAACGAAUUUCGCGCCUCGCCCGCUCCACCAACCUCACCCACCACGUUGCACCCACACACCUGCGACAUCCACCCAACAUGGCCGACUCAGCGGCAAAUGGCGCCAACGUCGCCGAACAGUACUCGCUCCUCCCCAAGCUUAUGCCCAACCUCGACCGUCAUCUCGUCUACCCGCUCCUCAACUUCUCCAGCGAUGAAGAAGCCGACCAGACCGUCGAGCAGAAGAAGCUCCUCCUCGAACUCCUCAAGCCCACCAACAUGACGGAUUUCGUCGGACAGCUGCACCAGGAAGUCCACGGCCUCGACGACAUGUCCGACGAGUUCAAGACCAAGCGCGACGAGGUCCUGAAGAAGCGCGACCAGCUCGACGAGGCGACCAGCAAGAUCAGCGGCCUGCUCGAUGACGAGAACGUCGUCACAAACCUGAGGAGCGACAAGCAGCAAAACUUGGCAUACCUGAAGGAGAGCCAUGGUGUUGACAUGGACAUGGUCAACCAGUUGCUCGAGUUUGGCCAGUUCCAGUACUCGUGCGGUGUAUACCCCCACGCCGCUGAGCUGCUCUACCGAUUCAGGGUUCUGACCACAGACGGCGACAAGGAGCGCGAAGCCACCUGGGGCAAGCUCGCCUGCGAAAUCCUCUCCGUAAACUGGGACUCGGCCAUGGAGGAGAUCAACAAGCUCAAGGAGAUCAUCGACACACGCCUCUUCAACAACCCUCUCGCACAGCUGCAGCACCGCACCUGGUUGAUCCACUGGUCGCUCUUCCCCCUCUUCAACCACGAAGCUUCGCGCGAAACCCUCACCGACAUGUUCUUUUCCCCCGCAUACAUCAACACCAUCCAGACAAACUGCCCCUGGAUUCUGCGUUACCUCUCUGCUGCCGUAAUUACCGGCCGCAACCGUGGUCGCAACUCGAACCAGUACCAGAAGCAGCUCAAGGAUUUGAUCAGGAUCGUACGACAGGAGGGUUAUGAAUAUAGUGACCCCGUCACCGACUUCAUCAAGGCCCUGUACAUCGACUUUGACUUCGAGGAGGCGCAGAAGAAACUCAGCGAGACUGAGGAGAUUCUGAAGAACGAUUUCUUCUUGUUGGGUGCGGCGGAACAGUUCGUAGAUGCGGCGAGACAUCUCAUCUCAGAGAGCUACUGCAAGAUCCACCAGAGGAUCGAUAUCAAGGACCUCUCAACUCGUCUCGGUCUUUCACAAGACGAGGGUGAGAAGUGGAUUGUCAACCUUAUCCGGGACACUCGUGUAGAUGCAAAGAUCGAUUACCAGGCCGGCACGGUCGUCAUGAACCACCCACCACAGUCCGUCUACCAGCAAGUCAUCGAGAGGACAAAGGGAGGCUUCUUCAGGACACAGGUUCUUAGCGCGGCUGUUGCGAAAUGAGCGUGACGCAUGUUGUGUCCAAUGCAUUUGUGUUUUUACAACGGGAGGGAGAGCCAACAGCUUCUGGGGAGGUUACAAUCGGGGAGAUGAUGACGAUCAUGAAAGGGAUGAAGGAAUGAUCGAAAAGUAUGGGUUCGGCAUUUGGGGUUUUACGAAUUGGGCGUGGCAAAGACUUGCGCAAUGCAUGCAUGGGUAUGGGCGUCCUGUUAUGGCUCUUGUAGAGCCAUCUGUAUUCCUGGGCAACAGCACAUGAAGCGCUGUAUCGGUAGUGGACAACAAGUAGUAUCCAAGAAUUCACAUGGACGAUGAAACAACACUACAACUGUAUUUUCCCGUUCCUUGUUAUCAUACAGU